AUGAGGGCCUUCUUCUUGAAGCUUUUUGAGGAACAGAUAUUUUCACUUCAGCUAUUUGGCGCAGACAACCCACAGCGACUUUCACUGCUCCAUCAAGACAAGCAGUUCAUGAAGCACGAAGGUUUCAGGCGAUCGGAACUGAGAGCAAAAACGGUGGAAAUGCUAUUGGAAGAGAAUCAUGGCCUGCCACCUCUGUUUUGGAAGCAAGUGGACUAUUAUACUAUGAAGACCUUCUUGCUCAUAAGGCCAAUCCUGACCUGGGUGAGGAUGACCUGGCCCGAGAACGGCCCGAACCCGUCUAUUCGGUCAAUCUUCCAGAUGAUUCACCACGACGUGGCCUACGCGGCUUGGCUUUCUGUCAACAUUCGUCUGUCUCCCGAAGUUCUUCACUUUGAAUGGCGCGAGCCCGACGAACUCUACAUCCCGGGCGACUUUGAGAUCCCCGAUCCAGGAGUGCUGCCAAGACCGUCCAACGCCUUACUGAGCCCGACGUCUACUGGGUUCAUCAUUUCGACAACUCGAUUCAGAGAGCCACCGAUAGAACCACCGUUGUCGAGAGUGCUGAUUUCCUUUGUCCCCGUCGUUCAGAGAAUCUCGCUCGUCGAGGGUGCCGAUGGAGAAGAGCCCAUUGGUAGCGAGAGGAGAAGGUUGUUGGAGUCUCGGACGGCCUACUAUACCCUCUGGCGCCACACGGGUGAGGUUGAUUCAUCGCCGCGCUCGCUUGUCGACCACGCAUGUGAGAUGAGGCGACCUAAGCCGACAUACUUCUCUGCGAUCAUCCGUCCAUUGUUCUGGCAGCUUCUGAUGUACAUUUUGCUCAUUCAACUCCUGAGAUACGUCUAUCAGCUGCGGGACGAGUACAACAGGCGGAGCCAUGAGGGUGGGGCGGACCCUGCAUACGAUCCAUCGUCCGGUCGUGCUGGGACAGAUCAGGGUAUUUAG